AAGAAGAUGAAGAUGAUGAUGGAUGGUGAGAUUAAGAGCUUCAUUAAGGUAUGGAUUGCAUCAAUUGCAUCCAUUUGUUAUUGUUAUUUCAUAGCCAAACACAUCCCAAGAGGCAUUACUAGGCUUCUCUUCCUCAUACCCAUCUUGUCCCUCUUCAUCCUCCUCCCCUUCAACCUCCAUUCCCUCCAUCUUGGUGGCCCCACAACCUUCUACCUUGUUUGGCUUGCCAAUUUCAAGCUCCUCCUCUUCUCCUUUGAUAUGGGUCCCUUACCAGAUUCAAAGUCCCUCCUCAAUUUCAUCUCCAAUGCACUCCUACCCAUCCAGAUCAAACAUGACCCAUUUCCAAAAUCACCUCCAAAUCCCAAAACCAAUCCAAACCCACCUCCACAUCUAUCUUCAAAUAGGGCUAGAAAGGUCCAAAGAUCAGCUUUAUUGGCUAUAAAGGUGUUGCUUUUGGCUAUGGUGAUUCGAUUGUACGAUUACAGGCAACAUUUGCAUCCAAAUGUAAUCUUGGUUCUCUACUGCUGCCACGUGUAUCUGGCUGCCGAGCUUAUACUAGCCAUGAGUGCAUUCCUGGCUCGAGCCAUUCUGGGACUUGAGCUCGAACCACAGUUCAACGAGCCCUACUUAGCCACCUCACUGCAAGACUUUUGGGGUCGUAGGUGGAACCUCAUGGUUACCAGUAUUCUACGACCUACGGUGUACGUUCCUAUACGGAGUAUUUCUACGCGUAUCUUGGGCCGUAGGUGGGCCACGUUGCCGGCAAUUUGGGCCACGUUUUUGGUGUCGGGUCUCAUGCACGAGAUAAUAUAUUUUUAUUUUACACGUGUCAGUCCCACGUGGGAGGUGACGUGGUUCUUUGUGCUCCAUGGGGUGUGCACAGCGGCAGAGGUGACGGCAAAGAAGGCGGUGGGAGGGAGGUGGCGGUUGCACAGGGUGAUUUCGGGGCCGUUGACGGUGGGGUUUGUGAUGCUGACUGCAUUUUGGCUGUUCUUCCCACAGAUUAUAAGGAAUGGCGUUGACCAAAGAGCCAUAGGAGAAUACUCAAUUUUGGUUGAUUUUUUUAGGACUAGGGUCCAGGAUUUUAAGGUCAUUCUAUUUUGAAAUGAAGGUCAUGCUUUAAUACAACUAAUUUAUCAUGUGCAUUUAAUUUAUAAUUUUUGUGUAUUUAUUUUUUAUUUUUAGUA